AUGCUUGUGAAAGCGGCGGCGGUGAAGACACAGGCCCGUCGGGUCUUGUCCCGGCCAAAAACCGUGCUGCCGGCGGUCCUUGUUCUUUUCGUGCUGUGCCUAUUGGGGUUGUUGCGUCACAAUGGCCAGUUGAAUCAGAGUCCAGCGUUCCUGGAGAGCAACCACUUCCUCGAGCGGGUUCCCGGCGAACGCCGUCUUAAGGAACUGCAAGCACAAAGGGCAACGUUUGAAAAGGAGUACCAUCAGCUCAAGAAUCGACCCGGCUACAAGGCCAUCUACGGGAAUACCCUCGAGUCUCUUGUCGAUCAAGAAACGAGAAAGCCCUCGCAAGAGGAGCAACUCAACCCAGACUCUAACACGACGGUCACCUUCAGCAAGGCUCAGCCUGUCACAUUUAACCCAUAUCCGAACUACAACAGCCCCGAGUGGAAAGCGCACCACGCGACCUAUGUGCCGUGCAUCGGUGCGACGGGGAGGGAGGUUGAAGAUAUCCGCGUGUUCAAGGGCCGCCCGCAGAACUUCCCCAACCCCGGCUUUGGAAGCUACAACGUCCUAGGGCUCGACCGGAAUUUGUGCUUCGAGCGGGAGACCCGGAUGGGGCAGUAUGGGAUGUCACCGGUGGUGACGGCUGACGGCGCAGAGAUAAAUUGGGAGAAUGUCAACUGGGGCGACCUCCAGGAUCGCUGCCUCGAGAGGAAUCGCGCUCGCUUUGCCCCGGAUGGCCCGGAAAACGAAUACGUCGCCACGGAUGGGAGCGGCUCCACCGAUUCGAAGCGAGACGCCGGCAGCAAUGAGGAUACCGAAAACGAGCACAUCAUGCACACUGUUAGGCGGUUCUGGCGCAAGCGGGGUUCUCAGCGGAGGUCGGACAAGCCGGUCGUCAAUUCCAAGCGGCCGUCUAACGCGACGCACAAGUUGGAGCCGAGGACUGCGCUGCUCCUCCGCAGCUUCUCUGGGAAGGAAUACACCGACAACGACAAGGAGGUCAUUCGGUCGCUCGUCACCGAAUUGAACCUCCGGACCGGCGGCGAAUUCGAGGUUUUCUUGUUUGUGCACAUCAAGGACGAACACCGCCAGAUCUGGACCGACGAUGCGUACAACAAGGCACUCGAGGAGCACGUCCCUGCCGAGUUCAGGAGCAUGUCGGUCCUCUGGAACGAACCCGCUGUCAACAGCAUGUACACCAACCUGACCACCAAGGCCCGCAAGGUGCACCACGGGCAGUUCCUGCCGGUCCAGAUGUUCAUGCAAGAAUUCCGAGAAUUCGAGUUCGUCUGGAACUGGGAAAUGGACUCCCGCAUCAUUGGGCACAACUACGAUGUCCUCUCCAAACUGGCCGACUUUGGUCGGAAGCAACCACGGAAGGGGCUCUGGGAGCGCAACGAGCGGUUUUACAUUCCCUCCUUCCACGGCAACUUUGACACACAGUUCCGCGCCUCGGUGGAGCGGACUGUCGGCACCGAGACGGUUUGGGGCGCGCCCAAGGUUCCAGUCGUCAGCCCCCUCGGCCCCGCACCCCCCGUCGCCAACCCCCAGGACGAUGAUUACACGUGGGGCGUGGGUGAGGAGGCAGAUUUGAUCGAGCUUUCUCCCAUGUUCAACCCAGUCAACAGCGGUUGGGUCAUGCGUAACUCGGUCUGGGGCUAUCGCUCGGAUUCAUUCCCCUGGGGGAGGCUUCCUCGCCGCGCCACCAUCAUCACACAGUCCAGGCUCUCGAGACGGCUCAUCGAUGCCAUGCACUACGAGGACCUACGAGGCAACCACGUCACUUCCGAGAUGGUGGCCCCGACGGCAGCGCUUCUCCACGGCUUCAAGGGGGUGUACGCCCCAAUGCCUGUCUUUUUCGACCGUGCGUGGAAGGGUUCUCAGCUUGCCAAGUGGUUCAACGGUGGGCCCAAGGGACAGAGCGGCAGCUUCGGCAGCUCCAUGGCGUGGGGACAAGAGGGGCGGUACAUGGGCGCCACCUGGUACUUCCGCGCCUAUCCCCCGCAGCGGCUGUACAACAACUGGGUCGGCUACGAGGAUACCGGAAUCGGCGGCAGCGAGUGGGAAGCCGAGCACGGCCGCCCGUGUCUCCCGUCCAUGAUCCUGCAUCCCAUCAAGGAGAUCAGGCCGACUGAGAAGGGCUACGAGACCGAUUCCAGAUUGACGUACGACUGA